AUGUCAGCUGUAGUUACUGUUCGUCAAACAACAACAACAACAACGACUACUACUACAACCAUGAACACAAAUAACAACAACAACAACAAUAAUAAUAUUAAUAACACAAAUAAUGACAAUAAUAAUUCACAAUCAUCUGUACGUUCGUACGGAAUAACACAACCGAUAUCAACUAAAUCACCGGAUGCAUUCGAUCAUGUUCAAACACAGAAUUUAGAAGAUACGCUACGUUCGUAUGAUUACUUCGAAUCGAGCGAAGAACUUUCUCAUCGAGUACAAGUGAUGGCUAAACUGAAUGUACUCGUUCGAGAAUGGAUUCGAAGUGUUUCAUUAGCAAAAAAUGUUCCAACAGAAAUUGCAGACAAUGCUGGUGGUCGUGUACAUACAUUUGGUUCAUAUCGGCUUGGUGUUCAUUCAAAAGGUGGUGAUAUUGAUACUCUCUUGAUCGCACCACGUCAUAUCGAUCGUACAGAUUUUUUCACGUCAUUCGUAGAGUUUCUCCGUCGACAGCCUGAAGUUCGUGAUUUACGUGGCAUUGAAGAAGCUUUUGUACCUGUCAUCAAACUAACAUUUGAUGGGAUAGAACUGGAUAUGUUAUUUUCUCGUUUGGCACUAACAGCCAUACCAGAUAACUUAGAUUUAAAAGAUGAUAAGAUCUUACACAAUCUCGACCAACGCUGUGCACGUAGUCUGAACGGUUGUCGCGUGACAGAUGAAAUUCUUGAUUUAGUGCCAGAUCGUGAAACAUUUAAAUCCACCUUACGUGCAAUCAAACUAUGGGCAAAGAAGAACGGUCUUUACAGUAAUGCAUUAGGAUUUUUCGGUGGUGUAACCUGGGCUAUGCUUGUCGCACGUAUUUGUCAACUAUAUCCAAAUGCUGUCGCUUCGACAUUGGUACAUAAAUUCUUUCUUGUCUAUUCCCAUUGGGAAUGGCCGACGCCUGUCCUAUUAAAACCAGUUAAUGAUUGUCAGUAUGGUUUUCCUGUUUGGGAUCCCAUGACUAAUGCAUCCGAUCGCUAUCAUUUAAUGCCGAUCAUCACUCCGGCAUAUCCACAGCAGAAUUCGACGCAUAAUGUCACUCAAUCCACACAGAAAAUUAUCGUUCAAGAAAUCAAACGCAGCUUGGAAAUUGUCAAUGACAUCAUGGUAUCGAAAGCUGAAUGGAAGCAAUUGUUUAUCGGCACACCAUUUUUCCAACGUUAUAAGCAUUUUAUCAUACUGUUGUUAUCAGCGCCAGAUCAAAAUCAAUUCUUGGAGUGGAAUGGUUUAGUUGAAUCGAAAAUUCGUUUUCUAAUCGGAAACUUGGAACGAAAUGCGUACAUUGAUAUCGCACAUGUGAGCUCCGAUAAAUAUACGCCCGAUGAAAGUAUUGUCGAUCAACAAAUCUUGAAUAAAACACAAGCAGAUAAUGAACCUUCGAAUCGAACAAAUGGUCAUAGUAGUCCAGAUUCAGCUCAACAGUCCUCCUCGUCUCCGUCGAAUCCUUCGCCAGUCUACAGUGGUAUGUGGGUAGUUGGUCUUCAAUUCAAAAAUGUCAACAAAGUUCAACUUGACCUCACGGAAGAAAUUCGUGUGUUUCUCAGUGUCGUUUACAGAGCUGCGAAAUGCAACAUGAGUCGAGAAAAUCUCAAUCUUGAUGCUCGGUAUAUUCGUCGUCGUGAUUUGCAUACUGUUUUACCAAAACAUGCAGGAUUGACAUCAAAUAACAGUCCUCGUCUCUCGAAAACAGUGUCAAUGGACGAAAAAUUAGAACCCAAUCCACAAAUAAAACGAGCGAAAUUGAACUCGACCUCAUCGGAUUCAGGAAUAGUUGCUGACUCCGAUGUCGAUGCGAAAGUGAAACGACCAAAAAUUGAAGAAACUGCCGAACCAUCUGAAAACAAUCGUGAUACAGUUUAA